AUGUUGAAACUCACAGCUAUUGUGUCACUCAUGCUCAUUGGCAGCACACUCUGGGCUGCAAGCCUAUCGUGUGAUUCCUGUGGCAGCGAGUGCGCCUCUGCAUGCGGUACCAGACACUUUAGGUCUUGUUGCUUCAACUACUUAAGGAAGAAGAGGGGACCUGAAGGAAUCAAGUUCUAUACUCCGACCCAAGAUAUGAAGGAGAGCCAGCCCAGGUCGAAGCUACCCAUGUUCGUCGUUGAGAAUAUCCCUAUCCCUGAGCAGUGGCUAACCAAUAUGCUGACCAAUGAAAAUCAUCCUUAUUUUGCUGGAGAUAUGGCCGAAAAUCAUUUCUUUGAUGCUUAA